GUAGACGUUGGUGUGAAAAGUAAUCCUUUCCAUUCUGCAUCAAACCAUGGCGCUCAACGGACAUCAGGAAUCCAAGUCUGAGGUUGAAUGGAAUCCGUCGCAGGAAAGACUUAUCGUCGUCUCCAAUCGACUUCCAUUUGUUCUAAAACGUGACGAUGUAACUGGAAAACUAGUAAGGAAAUCAAGCGCUGGAGGCCUCGUGACUGCCGUUGCUCCUGUUGUGGUUGGCUGUGGCGGGCGAUGGGUUGGAUGGACCGGUGAUUGCUCUUUCGGUGUAGAAGAUGAAAUCCCAGAAGCUUCUGAAGAAGACACGACACCCACGGCUGGUCUGCUGAAACAUCAGGUUGUACCCGUCAAUUUAAAUCAGCAACAGUUUGACUCGUACUACAAUGGAUGCUGCAAUGGAACACUUUGGCCCCUUUUUCAUUCCAUGUCAGAUCGUGCGGUAUAUUCUACCGAAUUUUGGCAGGACUAUAUUCAAGUCAAUCAGCUUUUUGCUGACAAAACGUUAGAGGCGAUCGAAUUAACAUCAGCGGAGGGACCGGGCAUAGUCUCACUAGUUUGGAUCCAUGAUUAUCACUUGACUUUGGUACCUUCCAUCCUACGUCAGGCCUUGAGCGAGAACAACUCGAACGCGCGUUUGGGUUUCUUUUUGCAUAUUCCUUUUCCACCGUGGGAUAUUUUUAGACUCCUGCCGUGGGACGAUGAAAUAUUGCUUGGAUUGCUGGGCUGCGAUAUGAUUGGCUUUCAUAUUGAAGAUUAUUGCAUCAAUUUCCUGGACUGUUGCCAUCGUCGACUAGGUUGUCGCAUAGACCGGAAGAAUCUGCUGGUUGAAUAUGGAAAUCGCAUCAUUAAAAUUGCUGCCCUACCAAUCGGCAUCCCAUUCCAAAGAUUUCAGAAAAUGGCGGAAGAAGCACCUCGUUUGAUAAAGGAGAAAAAACAAAAAAUAAUUUUGGGUGUCGAUCGCUUGGAUUACACUAAAGGCCUGGUUCACCGGCUCAAAGCCUUUGAAAGAUUUCUAGAGAAACACCCGGAACAUAUCGAAGAGGUUAUUUUCAUCCAAAUUGCCGUACCGUCACGUACGGACGUCAAAGAAUAUCAGGAUCUCAAAGAAGAGAUGGAUCAAGUUAUUGGGCGUAUUAAUGGACGUUUUUCGACAGCUAACUGGUCGCCAAUCCGCUACAUUUACGGCUGUGUCUCCCAGUCCGAGUUGGCAGCGUACUACCGAGACGCCUUCAUUGCCAUGGUAACACCACUGCGGGACGGAAUGAAUCUCGUUGCCAAAGAAUUUGUGGCGUGUCAGAUUGAAGAACCGGGCGUGCUCAUCUUGUCUCCGUUUGCCGGUGCAGGUGAAACAAUGCAAGAAGCGCUUCUCAUCAAUCCUUAUAAAAUCGACGAUGUGGCUGAGCUGAUUUGCAGCGCCUUGGAGAUGUCCCGCGAUGAGCGUGAAGUUCGGAUGAAAAAUCUGCGACGCCGUGAAAAGAUGAACAAUGUUGAUGCCUGGGCUCAAUCAUUUCUAAAGACCAUUCGCGCUAUCACGUCAGACCAGGGAUCCGAUUCGAAAAUGGGGUCCUCCUUGAUGCCAUCGGCCAUGGACGACUACGAUGAAUAUCUGUCCAAGUACGUAGGUAACGCCGAAAAGCUGGCCCUACUUUUGGACUACGAUGGAACACUAGCACCACUGGCACCACAUCCAGAUUUGGCCAUCCUGCCCAAUGAGACGGGCAAGAUUUUACAACGACUUAGCAACUGUCCCGAUGUCUACAUCUCGAUCAUUUCGAAUCGUAGCGUGGAGAAUGUGAAAAAGAUGGUCGGAAUUGAAAAUAUCACAUACGCUGGUAAAAAUGGUCUCGAAAUUCUUCAUCCGGACGGGACACAAUUCAUCUACCCGCUACCAGUCGAGUACGAAGACAAAGUGCGCAGCCUCCUCCGCCAGCUUCAAGAAGAAGUUUGUAACGAUGGGGCUUGGGUGGAACAUAAAGGUCUUUUGCUCACCUACCACUACAGCGAAACGGUCAUGCAUCUAAGGACUGGAUUGAUCAAGCGAGCUCGAGAGCUGAUCGAAGGCGCUGGUCUGGUAUGUACCACAGCAUAUUGUGCUCUAGAAGCCAAGCCACCAUCUCAAUGGAACAAGGGACAAGCGGCGCUUUAUAUAUUACGAACAGCAUUUGGAGUAGACUGGGAAGAGCGCAUCCGGAUCGUUUACGCAGGCGAUGAUUUUACCGAUGAAGCUGCAAUUAAAGCUCUGAAAGGUUUAGCGGCCACCUUCCGCGUGACAUCUACAUUGGCAGUUAAAACGGCGGCGGACCGACGAUUGUCCAACAAUGAUUCCGUACUACGAAUGCUAAAGUGGAUCGAAAGCCACAUGACCUAAGCGUAAACCUCGCCUUAUCAUCACGUUCUUCAUGCACUGUAUUGGAACAACCUGGAUGAAGAUCAGGAUCCAUCAACUAAAUAG